AUGCGGAAUUGGAGUUUAAAUCUACUAUCUAAAAUAUCAAGAAUCCAAGUAAUUCGCCAAGCAUAUAAGAGUACAAUGAGUAGUACCAAGAGAAUUGCAGUAUGUCAGAUGACAUCCGGUGCUGACAAGCAAGCUAACUUGAAUGUAGUCAGCAAAAUCAUUAGUGAUGCAGCAAAAGAAAAUGUAGAAAUGCUUUUCUUUCCAGAGGCAUGUGACUUUAUAUGUGAAAAUAAGCAAGAUGUAUUUAAUAAUGCUGAGCCGAUAAAAGGUGGCUUUACUGUUGGAAAGUACAGAGAGUUAGCUGCUACGCAUAAAGUUUGGUUGUCUAUGGGAGGGAUACAUGAAAAGGACGAGAAGAAUCCAUCAAAAACAUAUAAUACACAUCUCAUCAUAGACAACAAUGGUGCCAUAGUGCAGACAUAUAGAAAGUUACAUCUCUUUGACGUUGAGAUCCCAGAGAAGAACGUCCGUAUGAAGGAGAGUGACGUCUCUAUGUCUGGCAAUCAUAUCGUCUCGCCGGUUGAUACACCUGUUGGAAAACUUGGUCUAGCCAUAUGCUACGACUUGCGUUUCCCAGAGCUAAGUACAUCGUUGAGUAUAAUGAAAGCUGAGAUCCUAUCCUACCCUUCAGCCUUCACACAAGUGACUGGAGAGGCUCACUGGCAUGUCUUACUGAGAGCUCGAGCUAUAGAGAACCAGUGCUAUGUGAUAGCAGCGGCCCAGUCUGGUGCUCACAACGCCAAGCGCAAGUCCUAUGGCCACGCGCUAUGUGUGGACCCCUGGGGUCGGAUACUGGUUGACUGCGAGCUACAGUCCCCCUGCUACAAAGUCGCAGAGAUCAGUAGAGAGAAACUAACAGAUGUAAGGCGGAAUAUGCCCGUAUUUCAACAUAGAAGACCAGAUGUUUACUCCUUAUAUACUCUAUCUCUUCGCAAGGAUCUUCUACCGGAACACGAGGACGCCUCCUCCUCUCCUGUUACUAAAGAAGUUCAGUCAGCACCCCCGGAGGUAGAACAAGGCUGUUCAAAUGAACCGACCAAUGAAUUUGGACAUGUCCGAAUCAGAGAAUCCUGCAUUUUUUAUAAAUCAAAAUUGAGUUACGCAUUUGUUAAUUUAAGCAGAUGUGUGAUACCUGGACACGUUUUGAUAGCCCCAAUCCGUAGGGCGGAAAGGAACAGUGAUCUCACGGAGGACGAGGCGCAAGAUUUCUACAAAACAAUCAGACUCGUUCAAAGGCUAAUGGAAAGUGUGCACCGUGCAAACUCAUGCACAGUCACCAUACAGGAUGGACCUGACGCUGGACAGACAGUAAAGCACCUACAUUGUCAUAUAAUGCCUAGGAAGAAGGGAGAUUUUAUAGAAAACGAUUUAAUAUAUUUGGAGUUGGCUAAACAUGAUCAGUUCAAAUCUGGACAUCCAUCAAAACCGGCAAGAACAAGGGAAGAGAUGGAGUCAGAGGCCGCUUUACUAAAGAAAGAGAUGGAAAUUUUACUAGAGAAAGAAAAGAAAUGGAGUGUAUAA